GACGUAAAUAAGUAUUUUUGAGUUUGACUGUCUAGAACCGUUAAAAUGGAAAUAUGCGGCAGCAUAUUAACAAAUAGCAACUACACAAUAUUCCAGUUAAAGUGCAUGUAUUGCCCAAUCGAAAGCAACCUGCAAGACUGGCAUCAGUUUGUUCUGCAUACACGCCAAGCUCAUCCUAUCGACGAUGCCGAUGGUUCACUAAGCGACCAAUGUGAAAAUGAAGAAUGCCCUAAGGAAGAGCCCGACGAGCCUUACGAAGUCAGCAAAAAUGUAAAAGAGGAAAAUCCCACAUGGCAGCAGGAUGAUGAAGAGUUUUAUUUCACUGACGAUGCCAUGAAGCAAGAAGUAGAGCCACAUUCACCCAUAGAAACUGAUUCUCAUAUGUCUCCGACUACUGCUAAUAUUGUAGAAUCCAAUGAUGAGGAUAGAUACACCGAUAGGAAGGAAUCUGAAAGUCAGGAAUUGGACUGUAUGCAAAAAGUUGAAGAGGACACAUCAGAUUAUAGCGAUAGCUAUAUUGACGAUGAAGAUAUUGAAGACGAUUACACGGACUCGGAUGAUCAACCAGACGAAGAGAAGCCGACAGGUAGCAGAGCUAAUCCCAUGACUCUAAAGCGCAAGCUGAAAAUAUCAUUUACGAGGCAAAACCCGCGAGUACUGCAUUUCAUCGCUGAAGUCAAGAAUCAUCCAUGCUUGUGGAACCCGAACGAUAAAUUUUUCAAGACUAAGAUGGCCGAAAGUGAAGCUUACAAUGAGAUAAUUGCAGGAAUGGAUAAAAAAGUGAAUGUGUUAUUCACUGAAUAUGAGUUGAAAAAAUCGUUAAAGCAAUUGUUUAAGCAAUAUACAAUGGCAAGGCAAAUGGCGUCGGAAGGCCAACUGACCGGAGUAGCUGCCCGUUACCUACGCAAAUGUAAAUUUCUGUCGAUCAACGAUUAUUCUGAGGAAAGUGUAGCCGACGACGAAUCCAAAUCAGACGUAAUACAGCUAAACUUCAAGGAGAUUAAUCAUAUGACAACGACUUUUAUCGAGACCUAUGCCAGUUUUCCAGUGCUAUAUGACAGUUCCGUACCAACCUUCAAGUCGCUGGAUGCACGAACUCAGGCGUACAUUGAGAUAGCUCAACUGUUGGCGCCAGAGAUUCACGUGAAUGAAACUGAAGUUUAUAUGGCCAUAAUGCGUCUGCGUAAAUGGACAAAUAUGACUUUGCGGCGGGUGAAGUCAAAGGAAUUGCGGCGCCCUUGCUCGAAAUCGGAGCUACAUUAUCUGCAAUUGUGCAGCUUUCUUCCAUCCAAAUCGGAAAGCUUCGUCAUUACCUGUGAACUGUGCAAUAAACGGUUCUUCCUUGAUUACAGUCUACGUGCCCAUAUGGUCAAGGUGCACGAUAUGGGUGAGCUGCCCUUUCUUUGCUCGCAGUGUCCGCGUCGCUUCGAGAAGGCGCAUGAUAUGGAGCGACAUAAGUUGCGGCAGCAUUGUGAAAAGUUGCUUAAGUGCGAAUACUGUGAUAGCACGUUUUCAAUGAAAACUGAUCUGACAGUCCACACUCGUGUCCAUACGGGUGAAAAGCCAUAUGUAUGCGAGCUGUGCGGCAAAUCCUUUAGACUGAAACUGCUGCUCGAUUAUCAUAUUAACGGGUUUCAUUUGAAUCUGCGGCCAUUUGAAUGCGAUAUAUGUAACAAUACGUAUCGUAAGAGAGUCCAGUUGAAGAACCACAUGAAAGGACAUUUGAAUAUAAAGGAUAAGAAAUGUGAAAAAUGUGGAGCAGCGUUCUCCUGUCCAACCAUCCUGUCUCGGCACCGCAAAACUUGCUGUGGUGUUAAAGGAUUAAGAAAAUAACCUAAAUUUGAAUUCU